AUGGUCAUCAAUGACGCACUGGAGUCCCAUGGGGGAAGAAAGCAAACCUUGUCUUCCUGGCAGUUCUCUGUCUCCAGGUAUCAGUUUAGAGCAAACAAUGAAGAAAACCGCCAGGAAACAGCACAAAAGGCUGCACCCCACAGACCCAUCAUGGCACGGCCACCCAGAGUUCAAGACAAGGAGACGACCUCUGUCAGGACAGAAGAGCUGGGCCUACAGAAUCAGGACAGAGAGGCAGGCCGGGGAGACGAGGAGAGGGAGAGGAAGUUGGAGACCACAAGGAAAGCACCAGGGAGGCAUCAGGGCAAUGCAGAGCCUGCGGCAAAGACUCUUGAUGCAGAACAAAAGGGCAAAAAAUGGACAGUGACAGGAGCACAGUCACCAAGGCUGAGAAAGAGACCAAUGGCCACGGGAGCUGUCCUAGACAGGGAGAAAGUGGCCCCGGCCACCCCAUCCCAUGCCUCUUUCCCACAUGCCACCACACAAAAACGCCAAAGGCUAAAGGCCGCCAACUUCAAGUCAGAGCCUCGGUGGGAUUUUGAGGAAGACUAUAGCUUGGAUGUGGGGGGUCUGCAGACGACCUGCCCUGACUCUGUGAAGAUCAGGGCAUCCAAGUCACCAUGGCUACAGAAUAUCUUUCUGCCCAACAUCACUCUCUUCCUGGACUCUGGAUGCUUCACUCCGAGCGAAUGGAACCGGCUAGAGCACUUUGCGCCGCCCUUUGGCUUUAUGGAGCUCAAUCGAUCCUUGGUAGAGAAGGUCGUGACCCGCUUCAAUCCGGUACCCCAGCAGCAGCUGCUCCUGGCCGGACUCCCCUUAGGGACCACCAAGUGCAUCACCUGUGCUGUGGUGGGCAAUGGGGGCAUCCUGAAUGACUCACAUGUGGGCCAGGAGAUAGACAGCCAUGACUAUGUUUUCCGACUGAGCGGAGCUGUUACUAAAGGGCACGAGCAGGAUGUGGGGACUCGGACAUCCUUCUACGGCUUCACUGCCUUCUCUCUGGUCCAGUCGAUCCUCACAUUGGGGCCUCAACGCUUCCAGCACGUGCCUCUAGGGAAGGAUGUCCGAUACCUACACUUCUUGGAAGGCACCCGGGACUAUGAGUGGCUGGAAGCGAUGUUUUUGAAUCAGACCAUGGCAAAAACCAAACUCUCCUGGUUCAGACACAGGCCCCAGGAAGCCUUCCGGGACGCCUUGGACUUGGAUAGAUACUUGCUGCUGCACCCAGACUUUCUCCGCUACAUGAAGAACAGGUUUCUGAGGUCAAAGACCCUGGACACUGCCCACUGGAGAAUAUACCGCCCCACCACUGGCGCCCUCCUGCUGCUUACAGCCCUCCACCUCUGUGACAAGGUGAGUGCUUAUGGCUUCAUCACCCAGGGCCACGAGCGCUUCUCUGACCACUACUAUGACAGAACAUGGAAUCGGCUGAUCUUUUACAUAAACCAUGACUUCAAGCUGGAGAGAGCGGUCUGGAAGCGAAUGCACGACGAAGGCAUCAUCUGGCUGUACCAGCGCCCACAAAGUACCAAGGCAAAGAACUGA